CGCCUCUGGCUCUGCGCCGCCGUGCUGGGGUGCCUGGCGGCGGCGAGGCCCCGCCGGCGAGUUCUUGAAUGCUCUCCUGGUGGACAUCAGAUCCUGCAGAGCCCUUACCGAAGCAUUGAUUUUGAUUCAUCCCACCUCCAGCAGUCAGCUAUUCAGGAUUUAAUAUGUGACCAUUCCCUAACACCAGGAUGGUAUCGCUUUAUGAUUUUUGACAAGCCUGCUGAGAUGCCGACCGAGUGCGUGGAGAUGAAUCACUGUGGUACUCAAGCCCCUGUCUGGUUGUCUCUGAGGGAGUCAGAAUCCAUGCCUGGACCCGGUGAGAUCAAACAGUUAACGGCUUGUGCUACGUGGCAGUUUUUCUUCAGCACUUCAAAAGACUGCUGUCUUUUCCGAAUCCCUGUCAGUGUGAGGAACUGUGGAAAUUUCUUUGUUUACUUACUGCAGCCCACCCAAGGAUGCAUGGGGUAUUGUGCAGAAGGUAACCUGGCUCCUUCAUCAUCUCCAUCUGUGUCACCACCACUACCAGCCAUUCCUGAAGUUGUAGCGGAGCUGAUCGAAGGCAGCAUUUACCUAAGGUGUACCUUUGGUGUUCCUUUUGGAAACAGCUCAGUCAGAUUCAUUGUCACUUGGUCAAGACUUUCUCCUGAAGGUAUCAAAGAAGAACUGAAACAUGAAACUGCAGUUCAUACGUUUUCACUUCUAGAACUAGAUGGGAUAAACGUCAGACUUGGAGACAGAGUCUAUUGUAGCAGUACUGCUUUUUUCAUGGAGCAGCCGGAUAUACAAAGCUCUUCUGUUGAGAGCAAGGAAUUUUUUGCUGGCAUUAAGAUACAUACAGAAACAUAUGAUAUAUCAGAAGAUGGGAAGGAAUACAGACUGACAAUAGAAAGUAGCAUUCCUGUUCCUUGUCCUGAGUUUAGCCAGCUUGAAAGUGACUGCAAAAUCUCACUAACAUUAAAUACUGUUGAUGAAGGUAAAGAGCAGUUAGGUUUAAACUUGGCUCUUUCUUCUUGUCAUGUGGAUCUUCUCCAGAAACCCUGCAAUAAUGGAAUCUGUAGUCAAGCUGUAAUUUAUUUCACUGCUGUGACAGACUUUAUGCAGGACGGAGACAGGAUUACCAGAAUUGCAGUCGAACCUAUAUCCAGUGAGAAUUUCCUGUGGAAUGGCUAUGUUCCAGAAAGCAUACAGAUUACAGUAAAGGAUCUGCCCACUGCCUACUGCUACUCAUUUACUGACCCUCAUAUAAUUACAUUUGAUGGAAGACUCUAUGACAAUUUUAAAACAGGAACAUUUGUUCUGUAUAAGAGUACAUCUCGAGAUUUUGAAGUUCAUGUUCGCCAGUGGGACUGUGGAAGUCUUCGCUACCCAACAUCCUGUAACUGUGGCUUUGUUGCCAAAGAAGGAAGUGAUAUAAUUGCAUUUGACAUGUGCAGUGGUCAGCUACGUGAGUCACAGCCACACUUAUCUGUAAUAAAUAGAGACACAACAGGAAGUAAUGUCAGAAUCACUGAAUCCUAUCUGGGAAGAAAAGUAACAGUUUUGUUUUCUUCUGGAGCUUUCGUUCGUGCUGAUGUGAGUGAAUGGGGAAUGAGCAUAACACUUAGGGCACCCAGUUCAGAUUACAGACAUACAAUGGGACUCUGUGGCACCUUUGACGGAAGUGCAGAGAAUGACUAUCACACUGCAAGUGGGGUGGAAAUCCCAAACCAUGCUAAUGUUCCUUUUUCUUUUAUUAAGGAAUGGAGAAUUUCACCAGGAGAUAGCUUGUUUGACAAGACACCUGCUUCUUUAACAUCAUCUAGAAAAAUAGCCUUCUGCGACUGUGCACUUGAAAAUACUAGAUUAUAUCGAUCAGUGAAUAAACUAGAGACAGUUUCUCAGUCAGAACUUCCUCUGUCUUGUAAAGAAAAUGAAAACGGUAGAUUUCUUUCUUUGAUACCAGGACUGGAUGUCACUGCUGAGUUUCUUGGUCCUGUCGAUCUUGUCAGAGGCUUAAAGAAACGUUCGUCUGCACAUGAAAUGGAUUCAUCUACACUUCUGCAGAGGGAGGAUAGUCAAACCGAACUUCACAAAACAUCACUAGUAAAUACACGUGUCUCUACAACCUCAGUGGGAAAUACUGAUGUAGGAAGAAAAGGAACUUCAAGCUCAGGCCUUAGAAGAGAUUCUCACCGUUAUAGUAGUCAUCUUCACGAAAGUCAGUCUGUUACAAGUAGGGGGAAGCGCCAAAAUUAUUAUGAAUACCAUCCAGUUUUUCUAUUCCAAAGUCUUAGCCAAACAGACUUAGAGGGAUAUAGUUAUUUUUUCCCAGAGGACCAUGCCACUGACACAGACCAAAAGUUUCUUCCUUCUUGGCCCACACCUUCUGGCCUCACUGAGUCUAGCACUUUGUUACUAUGCCAGCAGGCAAUAGCUAAUUCCAGUAUAGGAAGAUCUUGUGGUGGCCUUCUUGGCCGGCGAAUAGAGGAUGCGGUCAAUAUGUGUGUUAAAGAUUUGCUGCUGAAAGAUGACCUCAGUUGGGCAGAAGCUUCCUUAGCUCUUCUGGAGAAUGAAUGUGAGAAAAGAGUUUUAGAAGAAAUAAAUUACAACCAACAGGAACUUGAAGGGUCGGUUGAGAGCCUACUUAUUGCAUUAAAGUGUCCCAGUCUCUGCAGUGGUAACGGGGAAUGUACAGAAUGGGGCUGUGCAUGUUUUCAAGGCUAUAGCUCAUAUGACUGCAGCAUACUGUCUGACCAGGCUCCAGAAAUUACAGAGCUGGAGAAUGCUGGGCUGUGCAAUAUUCGACAGUAUGACUGCACAUCAGUAAGAGCUUUUGGACAUGGCUUCAGGGAGUCAUUGAAUCUGAAAUGUGAAAUUAUCAAAUUACAGUAUAGUGAUCGACAAUGGAUUCCUGGAGAACCUCUAACUAUGCCAGCUGCCUUCCAAAAUGCCAGGACUGUCGACUGCCAGUUACCAAAUGAUGGCCAGCAGUCUGAUGUCAUGGAUCUGGUUGAUGAUAAACCCAUUACCAAGUGGCAAAUAAAGAUUUCUAAUGAUGGAUUCAUUUAUAGCAACUCUAAAACAAUGAUAUUAUAUGACGGAGCCUGUCAGGCAUGUGAACCACAGGAAUCUGGGUUAUGUGCAUUAAGGGAGAAAACGUGCAACAUAGAUGGACUCUGUUACGGUGAAGGUGACACAAAUCCAACCAGCCCUUGCUUACUCUGCAGACCUGACGUAUCAAAGUUAACUUGGUCAGUUGUUGAAAACAACCAGCCUCCAGUGCUUGAAACUUUUCAGGGUAUGCUACAGACUUUUUAUGGAGAAGAUUUUGUAUAUCAGUUUUUGGCUUCAGAUCCAGAGGGCUCUGCUAUUCAAUUCACAUUGGAUUCUGGUCCAGAAGGUGCCAGUCUUUCCCCAUCAGGUCUCCUUUUGUGGAAAGCUGUGUCAAUGAAUCUCCAGAAAAUAACAUUUUCUUUGACAGAUGACUGCAACGCAAAGACUAAGGUAGAAAUAGAGGUCAGUGUAAAAUCGUGUGAUUGCCUAAAUAAUGGCUCAUGUGUGACAAACAUUAAUUUCCCACCUGGAAGUGGAAGAUAUCUUUGUGUGUGUGUGGCUGGAUUUGAAGGCGAUCUCUGUCAAGUGAAUACUGAUGACUGUAAACUUAACCAGUGUGGUAUUGGCAGAUGUGUGGAUGGAAUAAACAGCUAUUACUGUGAAUGUCCACCUGAACUUCAAGGAAGCUUUGAGGACACUAAUGUUGAAAGAAAGGAUUCCAUGGGAGAAACUGGAGGGAAUAAAGGUUUUCAACAAUCAUCCUUUGAGAAGGUUUUAAGCAUCUCAGGCUAUAUUCCCAGUUCUACAGAUGUCCCUGAGAGAUUUAUUUCUACAGAAGCAGUCAGUAGCAGCAAUCUGCUAGGCUCCACAGUAAAAACAAUCACCACUUGGAAGUCACUUAAUUCUCAGAGAAGUGCUUCUGUACAACCUGCUGUUACUGGAAACAUUGCUCAUGCUCUCAGCGCCAUCAGUGGUCACCUUGCUAACAUGGAGGAGAGUUCUUCAGUACAUGCUGUGAUGACUGCAUCUUCAAGGAACCAUGCUGUAUCACCUGAGAAGAAAAGAAGGGCACAAGUUGAGGCCUACAGCUAUUUUGAGACCAGCAAGAAGACUUCUCCUAGCAGCAGAACAAAUAUAAGCAAAGGGCUUUCUUUGCCAAGCAAAGUGUUCAAAGGUGGAAAUGCUCAGAGAGUUCAGCACCUGUUAGCCAAGCAUAAAGCGAGUCCUUUACCUUUUGUCCUUGUUGAAGUCACUGUCCCACCAAAAAUGCUUCCUGAAGAGCUGAGUGAAAUAGUGAUUCCUAAAGCAGUAACCUGUACCGAUUUACCCUGUUUUCCUGGUGUACCUUGUGAGCCAAGUCAGGAUGGAAGCAUCAAGUGUGGUCAUUGUCCUUAUGGUUAUUAUGGAGAUGGCUUCACUUGCAGAGCAAGAUGUAGACAAACAUGUGGCAAAAAUAUGGAGUGUGUGGCACCCAAUAUUUGCAAAUGCAAGCCUGGUUAUGCUGGUUAUAACUGUCAGGCCGCUCUAUGCAGACCUGAUUGCAAAAACCAUGGGAAGUGCAUUAAGCCCAAUGUAUGUGAAUGCCUACCAGGAUACAGUGGCUCCACUUGUGAGGAAGCACAUUGUAAACCACCCUGCCAAAAUGGAGGCACAUGCUUGGCCAGAAAUCUCUGCACCUGCCCAUAUGGUUUUGUGGGACCAAGAUGUGAUACAAUGGUUUGCAACAGACACUGUGAAAAUGGUGGUGAAUGUCUUACUCCAGACAUCUGCCAGUGUAAACCUGGGUGGUAUGGACCUACAUGCAGUACAGCAAUUUGUGACCCUGUGUGUCUCAAUGGUGGUUCGUGUGCUAAGCCAGAUGUUUGCCUCUGUCCUCAUGGAUUCUUUGGUGCCCAGUGUCAGAAUGCUGUCUGCAGCCCGCCUUGUAAGAACGGUGGUCAUUGCAUGAGAAAUAAUGUCUGUGCUUGUCCUAAUGGGUACACAGGCAGAAGAUGUGAAAAAAGUGUCUGUGAGCCAAGAUGUAUGAAUGGAGGAAGGUGCGUAGGGCCAAAUGUUUGCUCUUGUCCUUCAGGAUGGAGAGGAAAAAGAUGUAACACUCCAAUCUGUCUUCAGGAAUGUAAGAACGGUGGGGAGUGUAUUGGACCGAGUACAUGUCAUUGUCUUCCGCAGUGGGAAGGAAUCCAGUGUCAAACACCUGUGUGCAACCAGAAGUGUCUGUUUGGAGGCAAGUGUGUAUUGCCUAAUGUAUGCUUUUGUCGUCCUGGUUAUACUGGAGUCCUCUGUGGGAAGAAAAUUCAGUCUCCAGUGAGAGAAAGUUCAUAA